GCGCUGCGCGGCUCUGACACCACCUCCGAAUUGGCUUGGGGGGAAGAAGCCGCACCAGGUCCGCUGGCCAGCUCCGGGCGGGGGAGGGGCGCGGUACCUACUGCCUCCCCCACCCCGCCCGCCGAGCCCCACGGAGCCGGGAGGCCCCAGGGGACCUUCUCGGGUCAGCCGCCUCGAAGCCGCACGGGACCGCGAGGGGUAGUCGUGGGUCCGAGGACCGCGAGGUCGAGCAGGGUCCAACGCGAGAGUCUAGAGUCGGGGCCAGGAGGAGGUGGGGAGGGGUGGUGCGACCCUCUGUCCCCGCCCCGGAGGCGGAGCGAGGUCCGAGCCUGUGGAGCCUGACACCCUUGGAAAUCAGUCCCGGCCUUCCUUCCCACCUCCCGCCUCGCCCCCGCCCCCGUCCCUUUCGGGGGAGACCCGACCCCCCUCCCUCUGUCCACUGCCCGCAAGACCCAGUCUCGGCGAUCCUCCGGCCCUCGGGCCCCCGCGUAGGUGCAGGUGCAGCACGCCACCUCCCUCCCACCCCCGCGCAUCCCGCUGGGCGGCCAUGGCGCGAGGAGACGCCCCACAGGACAGCUACCACCUGGUUGGGAUCAGCUUCUUUAUCCUGGGCCUGGGCACGCUUCUUCCCUGGAACUUCUUCAUUACGGCCAUCCCGUACUUCCAGGGGCGGCUGGCAGGGGCCAACACCACCACCGGGACUCUGGACACCAACCACACAGGCCCUGCAGACACCUUCAACUUCAACAACUGGGUGACGCUGCUGUCCCAGCUGCCCCUGCUGCUCUUCACACUCCUCAACUCCUUCUUGUACCAGUGCUGCUGCCCACUCUGCCCCUACUUAUGAGCAGCAUCCCUGAGAUGGUGCGGAUUCUGGGCAGCCUGCUUGUCAUCCUGCUGCUCUUCGCCCUGACGGCGGCGUUGGUCAAGGUGGACAUGAGCCCUGGGCCCUUCUUCUCCAUCACCAUGGCCUCUGUUUGGUUCAUCAACUCCUUCUGUGCAGUUCUGCAGGGCAGUCUCUUCGGGCAGCUGGGCACCAUGCCUUCCACCUACAGCACCCUCUUCCUCAGCGGCCAGGGCCUGGCUGGGAUCUUCGCUGCCCUGGCCAUGCUCAUGUCCAUGGCCAGUGGCGUGGAUGCCCAGACCUCCGCCCUGGGGUACUUCAUCACACCCUGCGUGGGCACCUUCAUGGCCAUCCUGUGCUACCUGAGCCUGCCCCACCUGGAGUUUGCCCGCUACUACCUAGCCAAGAAACCAUCGCAGGCGCCAGGUCAGGAGCUGGAGACCAAAGCCGAGCUCCUCCAGUCUGAUGAGAAGAACAGUAUUCCAAAUAGCCCCCAGAAGGUAGCCCUGACUCUGGAUCUGGACGCUGAGAAGGAGCCAGAGCUGGAGCCAGAGGAGCCCCAGAAGCCAGGAAAACCUUCAGUUUUCAUUGUCUUCCAAAAGAUCUGGCUGACGGCGCUGUGCCUUGUGCUGGUCUUCACCGUCACUCUGUCCGUGUUCCCUGCGAUCACGGCCAUGGUGACCAGCUCCACCAGUCCUGGGAAGUGGAGUCAGUUCUUCAACCCCAUCUGCUGCUUCCUUCUCUUCAACAUCAUGGACUGGGUGGGACGGAGCCUGACCUCCUACUUCCUGUGGCCAGAUGAGGACAGCCGGCUGCUGCCCCUGCUUGUCUGCCUGCGCAUCCUCUUCGUGCCGCUCUUCAUGCUGUGCCACGUGCCCGAGAGGUCCCGGCUGCCCAUUCUCUUCCCACAGGAUGCCUACUUCAUCACUUUCAUGCUGCUCUUCGCUGUUUCCAACGGUUACCUGAUGUCCCUCACCAUGUGCCUGGCGCCCAGGCAGGUGCUGCCACAUGAGAGGGAGGUGGCCGGCACCCUCAUGACCUUCUUCCUGGCCCUGGGGCUCUCCUGUGGAGCCGCCUUCUCCUUCCUCUUUAAGGCUCUGCUCUGAAGAGCUCCAUCCAGAGUUCGCCCACAACUCUCUUUUUGCUGUCCCUUUGGAGCUGAGACCCCAACGCAGGGGGAAUGGCGAGCUGGGUUCAAGCCUCUGCCGGGUGGGGGCCCCUUGGUCUGGGGGUGCCAGGAGGAAGUGGGUGCUGCUCUCCUUCCCCGGCUGGUGUCCGCUUGGGGGCUGCAAGGAAGAAUUCACCAGCAGUCAUUCUAACCCUCACCCAGGAAUGGAGCUGACGCACAGAGACAGACUAUUUAGAGGCACACAAGACCUCAUUCCAAGGGCGCCAAUCAGGGAAAAGGGGGCCAAGGGCCAUGACCCUUCCCCCCAUCAUGAGUAUACUUGUUAAUCUCAAGAAAUGCACUUGCUAAUCUGUGGGGAUCAGAGGCCACCAGUGGGGUCUUGCCAAUGGUGUGGCUGGUGUGGCCCAGCCUCAGGUUGAGAGUGGGAGUGGGGGGCUCCUCUUCUCCCCAGGCCUCAGUAACCCCAGGAUCAAAUCUCUCAGACCCCAGGGCAGAGGAUGCCAGGGAAGCUGAGGGCAGCAGGGAAAAGGAACAGACAUUAGGGAUCUGAGGGUACUCACGGACCCUGUGGGCCCAAACAGUGUUUUCAUUGCGAAGACUUAACUGUCUCCACUCCCCAGAGCCUCCAUGGGUGCGCUGCACUUUACAAUGUGCAAAGCUCUUCCAUCCCCAAGUCACACUGAGACCCUUGCGGGGAGCCAGGCAGGGAUUAUGCUCUCCCUUUGUGCAGGUGAGGAAACCAAGUCUCAGGGGGAAAUGACUGGUCGGUCCGUGGCAGAGCCGCGACCCAGCCCCCACCUCCCUGUAGGUGCUGUUCUUCCUGCCCACUACCUGCUUCUCUUUCCCUCAAGAGGCUCAAGGCCGGAGUCCUAAGCACUUACUCCACAUUUUGGCUGUUUCUCCCUCCAACCUUGCUCCUGGGUCUAA